GCUCCGUCUCCGGCUUCUGUUUCUGCCAAGAUUGCCCUCUUCUUUUUGAGUUUUGAACACUCACCCAGCCAAACGCCACUGCGAGUCCCUAAACUUAAAACUCGGGAUUCGGGGAUCACACCAAGAUCAAGGGUUUAAAAACUUUUGGGUGUUUUUGGCCCCCCGCAAAAUUAGCGCUCCUCGGGAAAAAUGCCGCAGCUGAACGGUGGUGGAGGGGACGAUCUGGGUGCGAACGAUGAAAUGAUUUCCUUCAAAGACGAAGGCGAGCAGGAGGAAAAGAUUUCGGAGAACUCCUCAGCAGAAAGGGAUUUAGCAGAUGUCAAGUCUUCUCUCGUAAACGAGUCGGAAACGAAUCAAAACAGCUCUUCGGAUUCCGAGGCGGAAAGACGGCCUCCGCCUAGAUCUGAAAGUUUCAGAGACAAAACAAGAGAAAGUUUAGAGGAGGCUGCAAAAAGGCAAGAUGGAGGGCUGUUCAAGAGCCCACCGUACCCGGGCUAUCCAUUUAUAAUGAUUCCCGACCUCACGAGCCCGUACCUCCCGAACGGAUCGCUUUCUCCGACCGCGCGCACAUAUCUACAGAUGAAAUGGCCCCUGCUAGAUGUUCAAGCAGGAAGUCUUCAGAGUAGACAAGCACUUAAAGAUGCCAGGUCACCUUCUCCAGCACACAUCGUUUCUAAUAAGGUCCCCGUGGUACAGCACCCUCACCAUGUGCACCCGCUCACACCUCUGAUCACCUACAGCAAUGAGCACUUCACGCCUGGGAACCCCCCUCCACAUCUACAGGCAGACGUGGACCCCAAAACAGGAAUCCCAAGGCCUCCACAUCCUCCAGAUAUAUCACCCUACUACCCCCUGUCACCUGGCACUGUAGGCCAGAUUCCCCAUCCGCUAGGAUGGUUAGUACCACAGCAAGGUCAACCAGUUUACCCAAUCACGACGGGAGGUUUCAGACACCCCUACCCCACUGCCCUCACUGUCAAUGCGUCCAUGUCAAGUCUUCUCUCCUCCAGGUUCCCUCCUCACAUGGUGCCCCCUCACCACAGUUUGCACACCACAGGGAUCCCCCACCCCGCCAUCGUCACACCCAACGUCAAGCAAGAGUCGUCUCACAGUGACAUCGGAUCCCUCAACAGCUCGAAACAUCAGGAUGCGAAAAAGGAGGAGGAAAAGAAGAAGCAGCCGCACAUAAAGAAACCUCUGAACGCGUUCAUGCUUUAUAUGAAGGAAAUGAGAGCCAAAGUGGUGGCGGAGUGCACACUGAAAGAGAGCGCAGCUAUCAACCAGAUCCUAGGCCGAAGGUGGCACGCUCUGUCACGAGAGGAGCAGGCCAAAUACUACGAAUUAGCCAGGAAAGAACGACAGCUUCACAUGCAGCUGUACCCCGGCUGGUCGGCACGAGACAACUAUGGGAAAAAGAAGAAGAGAAAAAGGGAAAAGCAGGCAGGAGAGGGCAAUGAACACAGAGAAUAUUUUCCAAACCCUUGCCUUUCACUCCCUCCGAUUACAGAUCUGAGCGCCCCAAAGAAGUGUCGCGCACGCUUCGGGCUCGACCAGCAGAAUAACUGGUGUGGCCCAUGCAGUCCCAACCUCUUGUCUUUCUGUUCUAAUACAAGCAGUCUUUGAAUUGGGAAUAUGUUGAUGGAGAAAAAAGAAGUGCAUUCGCUACAUUCAAGGUGAAGGCAGCUGUGCCAGUCCUCCCUCUUCGGACGGAAGCUUACUAGAGUCCCCCCCAUCCUCCCCCUCCAUGAUUUCUCCCUCCCCGUCUUCGAAAGAGUCCAAACCACAGACUGAACAAAUGCAACCUCUCUCACUGACUAUGAAACCUCCUCCCCUGUUAUCGUCAUCCCAACACCAACACCUCUCCAUGGCUCCACCUCCACCCUUAGCACUGUUGGACAACUCCGGGGCGGGCAAAACGUCCGGCUCGGCACACAACGGUUCUUUGGACCCCUCAGACGUGUCGUCGUCCCGAUCCACAGGCUCCGCCUCCUCCAGGCCCAUAUCUGCGUGUCAUUCCCACUCUCUGCUGCCCAGCUCCGCCCCGACGCAACCCCUUUCGCUCGUAACCAAGUCAAUAGACUAGCUUUGUUGUCUUCUUUUAAAACCCGCUUUCUCUGUCUGUCUGUCUGUAUGUCUGUCGC